AUGAUCGGUCGUGAAUGGCCUGUGAAUACUGCAUACUUUGCAUAUAUUGAGGGAAUUCAUCAUAAUCCAAUUCAUUGGAAAGAUCCUCUUAAAUUUAAUCCUGAUCGAUUUAUGGAAUCAGAACCACAAAAGAACACAUUUUUGAUGUUUGGAGGUGGAGUGCGGAUUUGUCCAGGAAGAAAGUUAGCACUUGUAACAAUGAAAUGUAUAGUCUCUUUUAUUUAUAGAAAUAUGGAUAUUUCGUUAGUAGAUAUGGAUGCCCCUUUGAAGUUAACUAAUGAUUUUGUAAAUGCUUGCACCGAAUUAAAUAUUAGAGUUAAACAAAGAGCGGCGCAUUCUAAAGUUUAA